GGUUGUCAUGGGGAAAUCUAAUGAGAGCGUUCUAUAAAAUGAAGUCAAGAUUGGGCUGUUCUCUCUCAUGUCUCUUUCAUAUCACGUGCUUUGAGCAAUCUUCAGUUCUAAUCAUCGUUGGAUUCACCUUCAUCCUUCGCGUAUAAGUAAGCAAUCAGAGCUAGCCCACAACAUAAUGGUCCACCAAUCUAUCUAUCCACCCUUCAUUAUCAGACAUUGUUGUCAACUUAUGAAAGGUUCUUUCACCCCAACUAAGAGCACAAAAUCAACAACAGCAUCAUCAAAAGCUGAAGCAAUGUCCCCCAUUGGUGUGCCUUACUUACAUUGCUAAUUAAUCCAACCCAUUUGCCAUUUGGAGAUUCGAAGUGUCUCAACCUCUUCAAAGUUUUAACUUUAGAACUCAACUCUCAAAAGGGUCUUGCAUGAGAAGGAUAUUCUGCAUGUUGGCAUGGUAACAAACUGGUCUUUUAUCUAGUUUACACUUACUUUUCUUGAAGCUGCAAUGGAGGGUGUGGGUUUGGUUGAGAAGAAUGAAGGUUUUGAAGGAAAUAAAGAAUGGGAAAAUGGUUGUAAUGAUAAAAGUUUUGCUGAUUUGAUGAAAGAAAAGGGUAGAGAGAGCAGUUCUGGCUCUGAAUUGCUGUCAUCUGAGAUGACAGGGCUUGAAGAACUGAGUCAGUGUAGUGCUGAUGAUUCAUAUUCAUCAUCAUCACCUUCAAUGGGGUGGCCUGUUAAGGAAAUUUCAGAAUCUAAUUGUACAAGUCCACGUGGAAGUGAAGGUGGAGAGAAAAAGGACUUGGGUGAUGAGCAUUUUGAGGAACAAGUCUCAGUAUUACCGAUACAAGUGCUAGAACUUGAAAUGAUGAAGGAGAGGUUUGCAAAAUUGUUACUUGGAGAAGAUAUGUCAGGUUGUGGAAAUGGGGUCCCCACAGCCUUGGCUAUAUCCAAUGCCAUAACUAAUCUAUGCGCCACCCUCUUUGGGCAACUUUGGAGAUUAGAACCUUUGCCACCAGAGAAGAAAGCAAUGUGGCGAAGAGAGAUGGAGUGGCUUCUUUGUGUUAGUGAUCAUAUUGUUGAAUUGAAGCCUACAUGGCAAACAUUUCCAGAUGGAACCAAGCUUGAGGUCAUGACUUGUAGACCACGCUCAGAUCUUUAUGUCAAUCUGCCAGCUCUGCGAAAAUUGGAUAACAUGCUUUUUGAAAUACUAGAUAGUUUUGUCAAUACAGAGUUUAGGUAUGUAGAUCAAGGGGUUCUGGCUCCAGAUGGAGAUGGUUCAUCUUCUUUUCGUAGAGCACUUCAGCGACAAGAGGAGAAAUGGUGGCUUCCUGUACCUCAAGUCCCUCCUUGUGGUCUACAUGAAAACUCAAGAAAGCAGUUGCAGCACAAGAGGGAUUGUGCAAACCAGAUAUUGAAAGCUGCGAUGGCCAUUAACAGCAUUACUUUAGCUGAGAUGGAAAUUCCUGAUACUUAUUUGGAAUCUCUUCCGAAGACUGCAAGAACCAGCUUGGGGGAUGUCAUUUAUAGAUAUAUUACAUCAGAUAAUUUUUCUCCUGAAUGUUUGCUAGCGUGUCUUAAUUUAUCCUCUGAACACCAAGCCAUAGAGAUUGCCAACAGAGUAGAGGCUUCCAUUUAUAUUUGGAAUAAAAAGACCAACUCAAAGCCUACAAGUCGCACUACCAGAUCUGGUUCAAGAUCAUCAUGGGAAAUGUUCAAGGAUCUGAUUGUUGAGGGAGACAAAAGGGAAACGCUUGCAGAAAGGGCAGAAAGUCUUCUGCUCUCCUUGAAGCAGCGUUUCCGUGGUCUCCCUCAAACAGCCUUAGACACUAGCAAAAUCCAAUGUAACAAGGAUGUAGGGAAAUCCAUUCUAGAGAGUUACUCUCGAGUACUAGAGAGUUUGGCAUCUAAUAUUGUUGCACGCAUUGAUGAUGUGCUCUAUGUAGAUGACUUGACCAAGCAUUCUGAUCAAUUCUCAUCUCUCUCAAAAGUUGGUGUAAUUGCUCACAAGAGCAUUUCAGUUCCAUACUCAAUGCCUAUUCAAAGCACUCCAUAUAAAUCACCUUUUGGCACGCCAAGCUUUUCUCCUCUGCAUGGUUUUAGUCCAACAAAGGGAGCAAAAUCAUCAUUCAUAAACAGCAGCAACCUUCCCCAGAGAGGGGUAGGAGUUAGUAAAGUUUUGACAGAUUUAGGUAGCUUUGGUAGAAAAGAGAAAGAUUUUGGCUUCUAUCCAAUGGAGAAGUUUGUUCCAACAUUAAAAACAUUUGAUGAAGUGCCAUCAUUUGAAACAGAUAUGGAGUCAAAUGAUUUCACAGAAGAAGAUGAUAAGCUCAAUGUACUGGACCGGGCAUGGCUACAGUGAAAAUAUUUUUACCUCAUAGCCGAGUCAUUUGUCAAUUGUUUCUAUUUCUUUGGGGUCUUUGUAUGUAUAUCAACUAUUCAGAAGACAUGGUUCUAAAAGAAUUUGACUCCUCUCGAGUUAUAAGUAGCAUGAUGAUUAUGUUUGAGAAAAGAAAUACAUUUAUUAUCAAAUAAAGACCAAUCAUGAUUGGUUGUAGGACUCAUAACAUUUGAUAAAAAAUGAAUCUUUCUCUUUAACAUGAUCAUAUUAUGUUAUUCAAUAAUACGAAAGUAUCAAAAUGUAUUUGAAGUUGCAUUUGUGCAUUGUAGGGCAAUUGUGGUUGA